AUGCCCAUAUCCGAUCUACCGGUUGAUAUCCUCAACCGUGUGAUCUUCUUGGGCUCCCUCGAAAUCCAAGAUAUCAUCAAUUUGUCUCUCACCUGCAAAUCGCUUUCUCAAUCAAGAAAUGGAUAUGCCUGGAAAACUAUAUACGACCACCACUGGGGAAAUGUUCUAAACGAUUACGAAUUAUAUUCCGAGAACUAUGUGCCCUACACGUCGUGGCAUGACUUGUCAAUGCAAAUGUUCAAGAAGCAAAAGAAAUUGGCUUCAAGGUUGUCGAAGUAUUCACCCCGAGGAACUACAAAUAUAGGCGUAUUUCUCGAUAAAUUUGCCAACGACAAUCAUUACAUUCCUAUACUUCAAAACUUGUUUGAGAAACUUGUAGAUAAAUCAGAGUCUGAAUUUGUCUCUUUGGGUGGAUCCAUAGAUAUCUCGAAACUAUCGCUUCUUGUAAAUUUGAUAAAGGCACAAACUGUCCGUAUAGCGAUUGAGCACUUGACACCGAUUUCCGUAUGUUCCGAACCCAGUGCCUUUAGAGUUGAGGCUAUAUGUUUCAGAAUUGCACUCUUAAUGGGUCCCAAUCCGAAUUUGGUGAGAAACCGAACUAUAAAAUUGCAGCAGAUCAGAAAUACUCUCCGUCGGAACUUGCGACCUGAAUUGGAGCUACAGAAAUUCAAAAGUUUCACAUUAAUGAAUGGCAUGAAGGAGGACAUCCUUACUUUCAAAGAUAGCAGGGCAUUUAAGCUAUUUGUUAAAAGAGUAAUCGAAACCUGCUACUCACAUUUUUCCAUAAAGACUACUACCCAAAUGCCACAUUGCCCAUCAGACGUAGAUACCUACAAUCCGUACGAUUAUUUUGAAGACUUCAACAUCUUGAGCUUGUAUUCAGAUAUCUCCAAAGGUUCCAGUUUCGUAGUAAUGGCGAUCCUUGGACGUGUGAUAGAAGAAUUCUUGUCAGACUUUCAUAUAGUCAUUAACGAGAAGAGGGUCACCAACUGCCGUGUUACUUUAACAAAGAGUUUCAUCCGCAUUGGUGAUAUCCUAUGUCUACUAAGACCUACCUACGUGUCCGGGAGAUGCUAUGAGAUUGAGGUGUUCACUGUAAAAGAAUUUCUUCUGGUUCUUGCCAGAAUGAAUCGCCUUAAUGAGAGGAACAGUUAUAUAGACCCUGUGAACGAGAAAUACGUAGUCGACUAUUUCAAGGACAUGAACGUAUUUCAUUCAUUGUCAAAUUUCUACAAAGAAAACUACUCAGCAGAACUAUGGCUCAGGCCAAAUAGUGCUUUUGUCAGUCCCGACGAUUUCAUGUUCGCAAAGGUACUUUGUCAUUUGAUUGCUGGACAAUAUGAACGUGAGAGUAGUGAGAUCGACUAUGUCUAUGACGGAAAGGAUCUCAAGCAAGUAUUGCUAAAGUCUAACAAUUUCAUUCACUUGAACACAAUAUACCAAAACUUUGGCAAAUACCAGCCUUCCCUAGUCGAGCACCUCAAGCUCUCUAAGGGGAUACCUUCAUCGCAUUUUUUCGCCAAAGGAAUCGACUUGUUAGACAAUACUGACGGAGUCAUAUCCUUUCAAAAAGUAAGAGAGAAUACCUGUCCUUGCUUAUCGAGUAGUAUCUUGAAUGGACAAGCUAUUUUUCACUCCAGAACAUGCGAACCUGCCAUUAUUUUAGGGAGUAAACAGGAUGAGCCCGAUUUGCUUUUCACGUUAUUGAAUAAUGGACACUACAGUAUUUAUAGAAGCGAGUCGGUUAAGCUUACUCGUUUUCCUGUUGGAGAUAUCACUUUAUUCAGGCAGUUACUUGGGGCAAUCCGCUUAGAUAUUCUUGGAUUGUUAUACUUCGAAGGUAUAGAACUUUAUGGAGAAUUCAUCAGAUUCUAUCCCAUUGGUUACUGA